GUCUUCAUGCAGUUAUGGAUCUGGAUAAACCAUCUGUCUGGGGCUCUUUUAAACAGCGGACCAGGCCUUUGUUAAUCAAUUUGAGCAAGAAGAAGGCGAAAAAGAGCACCAACAAGCCCCUAGAUUUACAGGCAACUCAUCACCUGGACCGUCGCCUGAGCCUCUCCGUUCCUGAUAUACUGGAGGCGGGGACGUUGGCUACAGAGGGUAGGCCUUACUCUGGGCCCCAAUCAUCCUACACCUCGGUGCCCAAUAGCCUGUCAACUGCAGGGAUAACAAAGACUAGCAGCAGCACUUUGAAACAGUCUGAAAAAGACCUGGAUUGGAACCAGGGAGGAGCUGACCACGCCGAUGUGGCCGGGAUGGACUCGGAGGAACCCUGUGCGUUCCCUGCUGCGGCCAAGGCCAGGAGGGCAUCCAGCAAUAGCAUCUUUGAUCUUCAGGAAACUCCCCUCGGAGGAGAUGAAUCAGAAGAACCAGAGAACUUAUGUGCAAGUGGUGAUCUGAAUGCUUCCUUCACAUCCCAACAUUUUGAAGACCAGUCUAUCCUCAGAGAAUCCGGCGAUGGCUUGAGUAACCUCCCCAGCCCUUUUGCAUACCUGCUCACCAUCCAUCUGAAGGAGGGCCGCAACCUUGUCAUCCGAGAUCGCUGUGGCACAAGUGACCCCUAUGUGAAAUUUAAGCUGAAUGGGAAGACGCUGUACAAAAGCAAAGUCAUCUAUAAGAACUUGAACCCGGUGUGGGAUGAGAUCGUCGUGUUGCCCAUACAAAGCCUUGAUCCAAAGCUACGUGUGAAGGUGUAUGAUCGAGACUUAACAACCUCUGAUUUCAUGGGUUCAGCAUUUGUCAAUCUCAGUGAUCUUGAGCUGAACAGAACAACUGAACACAUUUUAAAACUGGAAGAUCCAAACAGUUUGGAGGAUGACAUGGGCGUGAUUGUUUUAAACUUGAACCUAGUGGUUAAACAGGGUGAUUUCAAGAGACAUCGUUGGACAAAUCGGAAGAGGUUAAGUGGCAGCAAGGCCUCCUUGAUACGCACCCUUCGGCUCUCAGAGUCCUUGAGAAAGAACCAACUGUGGAACGGGAUUAUCAGCAUAAUGUUAUUGGAAGGAAAGAAUGUCUCAGGAGGAAGCAUGGCAGAAAUGUUUGUUCUGUUAAAACUGGGAGAUCAGAGGUAUAAAAGUAAGACACUGUGUAAGAGUGCAAAUCCCCAGUGGCGGGAACAGUUUGACUUUCACUACUUCUCUGACAGGAUGGGCAUUUUGGACAUGGAAGUGUGGGGAAAGGACGGCAAAAAGCGCGAGGAGCGUCUGGGCACGUGUAAAGUGGACAUCGCGGCCCUUCCUCUCAAGCAAGCCAACUGCCUCAAUUUGCCACUGGAGAGCGGUCUGGGGUCCCUCCUGAUGCUGGUCACCCUCACACCCUGUGCGGGGGUCUCCGUCUCUGAUCUAUGUGUCUGCCCCUUGGCAGACCCCAGUGAGAGAAAGCAGAUUUCCCAGCGAUAUGGCGUACAGAACUCCCUGAAAGACAUGAAGGACAUCGGGCUUUUACAAGUGAAGGUUCUGAAGGCAGUCGACCUCGUAGCAGCAGAUUUCUCAGGGAAGAGCGAUCCUUUCUGCUUGUUGGAGUUAGGCAAUGACCGUCUCCAGACACAUACCAUUUACAAGAACCUCAACCCCGAAUGGAACAAAGUUUUUACAUUUCCCAUUAAGGACAUCCACGAUGUGUUGGAAGUGACAGUGUUUGACGAAGAUGGAGACAAACCACCUGACUUUCUGGGGAAAGUCGCCAUUCCCUUGCUGUCUAUUCGAGAUGGGCAAGCAAAUUGUUACGUGUUGAAGAAUAAAGAUUUAGAACAAGCUUUUAAGGGACUUAUCUACUUGGAGAUGGAUCUCAUAUAUAAUCCCGUCAAAGCAAGUGUUAGGACCUUUGCUCCCAGAGAAAAGCGCUUGAUUGAAGACAGCCGCAAGCUGUCCAAAAAGAUCUUAUCAAGAGAUGUAGACCGUGUGAAAAAAAUCACCAUGGCAAUAUGGAAUACUGUGCAAUUUCUUAAAAGCUGCUUCCAGUGGGAAUCUACAUUGAGAAGUACAAUAGCAUUCAUGGUGUUCCUGGUCACUGUCUGGAAUUUUGAACUGUACAUGGUCCCCCUGGCACUGCUGCUGCUCUUUGUGUACAAUUACAUCAGCCCAGCGAAAGGGAAAAUCGGCAGCAUCCAGGACAGCCAGGAAAGCACAGACAUAGAUGAAGAGGAGGAUGAAGAUGACAAGGAAUCUGAGAAAAAGGGACUCAUUGAAAGAAUCUAUAUGGUCCAGGAUAUUGUUUCAACUGUUCAAAACAUCUUAGAGGAAAUCGCUUCUUUUGGAGAAAGAAUUAAAAACACAUUCAACUGGACUGUCCCGUUCCUUUCAUUCCUGGCCUGCUUGAUCCUGGUGGUCACCACCAUCACUUUGUAUUUCAUCCCUCUGCGGUGCAUCGUUUUAAUCUGGGGCAUAAAUAAAUUUACUAAGAAGCUUCGAAAUCCCUACACAAUCGACAAUAAUGAGCUCCUAGACUUUCUCUCCAGGGUACCAUCUGAUGUUCAAAAGGUGCAGUAUGCAGAACUGAGACCCUGCAGCAGCCAGAGCCCCCUUCGCAAGAAGCGCAGCGCUCCCUAGGAUGCAAAAGACUUUGGCAACCAGCCCCCAAUGUUGUGAUUGGUUGAUUAGACCACCAUCAUCUCAGUGGUCAGUGUGUGUUGGUCUGAAAUGUGUGCUGUGUAGAUCCCCCUUAGCCUCCCUGUCUUCCACAUACACAGACGCAAAGACGUGUGCACACAUGCAUGAGUGAGUACACUUCCACAUGUGCACACAUGCCCAUGGUCACACCUCGGCACGCACCAGUAUCCUAGGUGCAAGGAGGGUCAGCCCAGCAAAAGGAGACACAAUCUGGGGCUGUGGAAGACUAACAUCUGAUCUCCAAUAGGAGCUCGCUCAAGGUUGCAGGGGCUCUGAACACAGCCAGGAGGGAGACCACUUGGAUUUGGCAGUGACUUUGAACUUGUUUUCACACCUCCAGCAGAUUCUCAUUAAGAUUCAGUUAUUUCCACUCCCCAGCCCCACACUCCUCUCAGACUAUUCAUCAGGAUUUUUCUCUUGAUUAACCAUUCUUGGCCACCCAUUAACUGUUGAAGGGAUGUAUGUUUUAGAAAAAUAAUUUUUAAUAUAAUUCCUGGAAUUAUGUAAUGAUUCUGAUGAAUCAUUAUAUCUCAUGAAGUGUUUCAGUGAGGACCUCUUGGGUGAAAUUCUGUCAAAGGCUGUGUCUGGGUUCAAAUACAUGGUGAGUCCCUCACUGAUCCAAGGAAGGCCCGAUAGGAUUGUCCAUUUGGAGAAGGAGGGGAGUCAUGAUGGCCCUUGCUUCCGACUUUACGUUUUGCUCAUUUCCAAUAUGAAAUGCCACUCCUGUAGCAGAGCGAUAGGAAAAGGUAUUGAUCAGUUCUCAGAGUAUGUAUAAAGAUUAAGACUAGGGAUAGAUAAAUGUGAAUGUUUGACGUCUCAUUAUAAUAAAAUUCUUUCACCAAAUAUUCUGGAUGGAAAGAAAAAAAAAUACUUAGCCUGUCUAGAUGUAUCAUUCAUUAGAUUUUGCUCUUAUGGUAAAAGAAACGAUACAAAACAAAAAUUGAUCUCAGAGUCCUGCCCCUAGAAACUUACACCCACAAGCUCUCGUUUGAUCUUGUCUGACUUCUGCAGAGCCCUCUACUUGUAAAACACCCGCCUCAAGUAAAAAAACCCAGGUUUUGUCCAGAUAGAAACGCUAUUUAAGUUUCAAAGACAAUUUCAUUGCACACUUUCACGUGUGCAGUUUUGUAGAUAUGUAUAGGCAGAGAAACGUUGAGGGAAGAGAACUGAUUGCAUAGUGAGUUGUACUAUUAAAACUCUAGGUUGUAAUUUAAUAAUCUUCACACAAAAUGUUUAUGAAAAAUGCCAAAGAUUCUAAACCUUAUCAUGUCGCGUCUGUUUUUCUUCAUAUUGUAUCUUCUCGGUUUGCUUUCUGGCUGAGCCAGAUUUCUGCAUGAUUUGAUUUACUUCAAGUUAAUGAAGCUGGUUGGAAAAGAGCCUUGCAGAAAUGAUAAAAGCUUCAGUAAAUCUUUUAGUUGUACAUGCAAUAGAUACCCAGGAACCUCUUUUGUUAAACCAGUUACUCAAUCUUCUGUGUAAACAAUGCCUCAUUGUCUCACUCCCAGCUAUCAUCUAGUUUAUCAUAGUCUGUCAUUUUGUAACGACCUGAGUCAGGCAGUUUUAAACAGACAUGUGAGAUCGGAUCAGUCAUUUGAAUGAAAACUUUCAGCAACAAAAUAACCCCUUAUUUAUUUAAAAGUGGAACCAAUACUUUAUUGUUCUUUUGCUAUAGAAUUUCGAAAUGAAAUAAUUUGCUCAACAAGAAGGCAUCAUUAGUUAGACUUAUUUCCCCUGGAGCCUGACUGUGGGCUUCUCAGCAGUAAGUUCAGGACAUAAACACCAGCUAGGAUACAAGGCAGGACCGGAGCAACCUUGAAUAAAUUGUAUAUGGAAAGUAAUUGCUAAUUAAGUAGACAUCGAAUGUGAAAGAAUGAGUAUUUAUUGUUUGUGAAACGUUAAAAGAUUUAUACAAUUAUCAGAAAAUUUUAUGAAACAUCCCAGGGUGUUUCAGAUAAAAUUUAUGAAUUACGGAUUUACAACGUGGUCAUUAAAGACG